AUGGCAAUACCUGCCAUCCUCCACCAAACGGCUCCGCGCGACCAGGGACGCUGGGAUCCGCGCUGGGGGAGGUGCUACGAGAGUUGGGGCCGAGUGUGCAGCGGGGUUCGGCGCAUACUCUGGGACGACGAGGGCUUGCGGGCACUGGUUCAGGAGGCCUUCCCGGAGCACCUCCCGACCUACGAUUCAUACGAGCACCAGAUUCAGCGAGUAGACUUUGCGCGGGCAGCAAUGCUCUUUGUCCACGGUGGCCUUUACGCGGACAUGGAUGUCGAGGCUCUCGACAACCCCUUUCCGCACCUUCCAGCGGGUGUAAGCAUCGUGGCAAGCCCGUAUGUUGAGAACGAGAAGCAUCAGAAUUCCCUUAUGGCCUCACCAGCAGGGCAUCCAUUCUGGCGGGCAUUGGCUGCAGAGGCAGUGCGGCGCCGCACUGCCCCGGAGCUGUACCGGACGACCUGGCAGCUCACCGGACCUCAACUCUUAGAUGCCGUGGUCGAAAGGUAUGGGAGCGAUGUGCACGUCCUGCCCGCAGACGUGUUCAAUCCCUCCAUGAGCUCGCCUUCUUUCCAUGCACCUCAAGUCAUCACCCGGCAUCUCUGCACCAGCGUUUGGACCCACGACAUGGAUAACCUUGGGAUGGCCUUGUACCAGGCAGCUCGUGCGAGCAAUGCCGCAGCC